AUGUCUCAAUCAGGGAAGGAUGGAACGUUCAAGGCGGAGUUUCCAAAGCAGGAGCAAAGUCAGCCAGGUCUCGAACGGGACAUGAAGCCAUCAUCCGAAGUCACAAAGCUCGAAGGCCCCGAUGGUUUCAUCGAGUACCGUGGUUCCGACAAACUGCUCGACCACAAAGUCAUCAUCACCGGCGGUGACUCCGGCAUCGGGCGCGCAGUAGCGGUCCAAAUGGCCCGUGAGGGUGCCGAUAUCACUAUUGUCUACCUGCCAGAUGAGCAGCCAGACGCAGAGGAUACGAAGGCCAUGGUUGAGAAGGAGGGCAGACAGUGCCUCUGUAUCCCGUUUAACCUUGAGAAUGUCAAGGACUGCGGAAAGAUUGUCGACCAGCACAUGAAGAAGUUCGGCAAGCUGGACGUGCUGGUGAACAAUGCGAGCAAGCAGGUGAUGUGUAAAGAUAUUGCGGAUAUAGAUCUGGACGUGGUUAGUUCGACCUUCCAGUCAAACAUCAUACAGAUGUUUGCUAUGACAAAAUUUGCCGUUCCGCACAUGAAGAAAGGAGGAUCCAUCAUCAACACAACCUCCGUCGUCGCCUUCCGGGGCACCCCGGAGAUGAUGGACUACGCCGCCACCAAAGGCGCAAUCGUCGCCUUCACCCGCGCGCUCGCCAAAAACCUGACACCCAAGGGAAUUCGAGUUAACGCGGUAGCUCCAGGACCAGUCCACACACCGCUCCAGCCAGCGUCGCGCCCGGCGGAACAGAUGGAAGGAUUCGGCCAGAAGUCGCAGAUCGGCCGUCCGGGGCAGCCGAGCGAGAUCGCGCCGACUUAUGUCUUCCUUGCGUCCGCGGAGGCAUCGCUGUAUUAUGGCCAGAUCAUGCAUCCGUAUCCCAUGGGGUAA